AUGGCGGCAGUCACCUAUCUCGUCGCCCACAACUCGAAUGGCCCGUCAACCACACUAGUGUGCGCAAAAACGAAGGUAGCCCCACUAAAAAGAGUCACCAUUCCAAAAUUAGAAUUGGUAGCAGCACUAUUAUUAGCAAAAUUAAUGCAAUACGUAAAAAGAACAAUAAUAAUACAGACAAAAGCAAUCUAUUUGUGGACAGAUUCACACGUAACCUUAGCAUGGUUAACGACCCAUGCAUCUCGGUGGAAGGACUUUGUCAGAAACAGAGUCAUCCAAAUCCAAGAACUCACCGCCGAUGCACACUGUAAACAUAUCCCAGGCACUUCAAACCCGGCCUAUUCUGCAUCCCGCACAUCAAACCAAUUGAUAAACCACCCAUUGUGGUGGACAGGACCUCCAUGUCUACACAACCCAGAGCUAUGGCCCAAACAACCAAUGCAGGAUGCCAAUCACUGCAUCCCUGAAGCCCGUCCCAACAUAGCACUACCAACAGACACUCAACAAUCCAAGCAGCAAUGGCAUCUUGUCCACAAAUAUUCAGACCUCAAUAAAUUUCUGAGAAUAACCUCUUUAUGCUUCAAAUUUAUAGAACAAGCAAGGGUACAAGAGUCAGCAAGGUCCUACAAUCCUAUAACACGAGCAGAACGAGAAAAACAACUUCUCAGCGGACACGCGUUUAAUCGCCUGACUGCCUUCAUAGACGCACAAGGAAUCAUAAGAGUCGGGGGCAGGCUACAGAGAGCAUUACUACCGGAAGAAACCAAGCAUCCAGCCAUCCUACCACGACACUCGCCAUUUACAACACUCGUCAUAGCUCAUGCUCAUCUUAGGGCUAUCCAUGGAGGCACCGAACUCACUCUCCAUUAUUUACAUCAAAAUUAUUGGAUCAUAGGAGGAAGAGAUCCGGUGAAGUCAUACGUACUGCGAUACUCAAUUUGCACGCGCCAAAGAGGAAUCCGCGCAAACCAAUUAAUGGGACAACUUCCACUAUCUCGAGUCACACCAUCAAGACCAUUCACCCACACAGGAGUGGAUUAUGCAGGACCACUCACGAUUACAACGUGGAAUGGACGAGGCGAUAAAACCCAGAAAGCAUGGAUUUCUGUCUUCGUAUGCUUUGCCACUUCUGCAGUACACAUUAAGGUCGUCAGUGACUAUAUGACAGAUGGAUUCACAGCGGCAUUCCAACGAUUCGCGGCGUGCAGAGGCAAUCCCAAUACGUUAUGCUCAGAUCGCGGCACAACCUUCAAUUCAGCAGAAAAAACACUAAAGGAACUAUUCUUACACAAAUCUAAACAACAGCAAAGAAUAGAAAAACUCAGGCCAAUGACAACAUCCAAUGGGAGUUCAAUCCCUCCGCAGCACCACACAUGGGAGGAAAAUGGAAAACAGUGGCAAAGUCUAUUAAAUUCCACCUACGGCGAACGAUCGGAGAAAAGACUCUAA